AUAGAGUAACCCAGCUCAGAGCUCAGGUGGAAAAUAUGUUGUCAGGACAGUUAUUAGAUAUCCACUCCAGAAAUAUGCUAUUUCUAUAAGACUGACAAGAAGAAACUUACUGUUUUAACAAAGGUAUUGGAAGCGCAGUUUGUCACGAGCAAUGAGGGGAAAAAAGUAAACACAUGGAAGAAGGUACCUUGGUCAGAAAGGAUCACAGUUUUUGGCCAAUGCUCUAUAUUCCAUGUUUUGUCCCUGUCAUGUGACAAAACMUKGAAAGGUUUGAAGGUAGAGUCACAUAUGUCACAAGAUCUCACUGCAACAUUGCAAAAAAUAUUGCUUCUAUCUGUCCUGCAGGUGACUGGUCAAUCUGAGUCUGGCAAAAAUGAGGAACCAGAGCAGACUGACCAAAUACAAUCAACUCCCAGACAAGAUGGCAGUGAUUUAAAAUCCAACAUUGCAGAGAAUCCGCACAACAAACCUGAAACCUUUGACUCUCCAAAUGCAGAGAAGGUGGAUGAAGAAGAGAAGGAUAAACCUGAAGACUCUGUCUAUGCGGAGACAGCCUCCACUUUGCAGAACGAGGAGCUCAAAACAGAGAAAGCGCUUCCACUUGAAGAACAAGAAGAAGCCAUGACAGACAGUAAACAGGAGACUGAAGAGCCCAGUUCUGUUCCUCUUCAAAACCAGUCUCUUCUACAGGUGAUCGAUCAGUCYGAGUCUGGCGGACACGAAGAACCAGAACAAACUAACCAACUGCAAUCAACUCCCGGACCAGAUGACACUGAUUUAAUAUCCAGCAAUACAGAGAACCUUCACAGCAAACCAAAUCCUGCCGCCUUUGACUCUCCAGAUGCAGAGAAGGUGAUGCAGAUAAAAUGCUCUAUUUAUGUUGGGGAAUGUGGCUCACAUCAUAYAUACAGAUUGAGGAGAAGCAGAGAAGAGCCCUUGCAUGAAAAAUAUUUGCCCAGGUGGACAGUGAGUUGAAGUAAAUGUUUAGAAGACAGACGAGGAAAGAGAUCCUUAAAGGAGAACAAAGACAAGAAUCAGGGUGUGUUCAACUUCUUUUCUCUGU